UUGGCUGCCUGUUAAUAGGGGCGGGAUCUCUCUGUGGAGCCCAGCGGAUGAUUAGGCAAUACACCUGGCUGUCAAGAUAAGUGCGCCUACCUGUCACUUCCUGCUGUCGGUAUUUAUGCAUUUAUACUAGUUUUUUCGACCAGAGAUAAUGUGGCACGUCACAGCCAUGUUUGUAUGAUUUCGUGUAAUGUAUCCCACACGAGUUGUGGACCUUGCGGAUCAAACGUUACGACUUUGGCUUCAUGUUCGACUCAAAGGAGGAGUAACCCCCCUGGACACUGCUGGGAAAACACCGCUUGGAUUUAAUCAGCCACCUCAGCUGGACUCGUUUUAAUGUGGGCUCAUAUUGGCGUCUCUGGUAAUAAAGCAGCAGCAGCAGCAGCAGCAGUGAGGACGUCUGUCUGUUGGAAAGGCAUGAAUGAGAGGUUAUGUGUGCCCCCCUAGCUAAAGGCCUCUGUUGCCCUGACCUGUGCUUCCACCAGUCCCUCUGUGAGCAUGUAUCGCAGGGACGGGCUUUCAGAUGGCACCAGCAUCAACUCAGUCACCUCAGAGGCCAGCAGCAGCUCUGACUCUCUGGAUGUUCCCUGCGUGGACUACGCCAAAAGCUACGAUGCAGUUGUCUUUGAUGUGCUGAAAGUGACUCCUGAAGAGUUUGCUAGCCAAAUCACCCUGAUGGAUGCACCAGUCUUCAAAGCGAUACAUCCAGAGGAGCUAGCCAGCUGCGGAUGGAACGGGAAAGAGAAACACAGUUUAGCCCCAAAUGUGGUCGCAUUCACACGCAGGUUCAACCAGGUGAGCUUUUGGCUUGUGAGAGAAAUCUUAACCGCCCAGACGCUGAAAAUCCGAGCAGAAAUACUGAGCCAUUUUGUCAAAAUAGCAAAGAAACUGUUGGAGCUGAACAACCUUCAUUCUCUUGUGUCGGUGGUGUCUGCUCUGCAGAGUGCUCCCAUCUUCAGACUGAGCAAAACUUGGGCACUGAUCAGUCGGAAAGACAAGGCCACAUUUGAGAAGCUAAACUAUCUGACAUCAAAGGAGGAGAACUACACCCGUAUGAGAGAAUACAUCCGCUCCCUAAAGAUGGUGCCCCGCAUUCCUUACCUAGGGAUCUACCUGUUGGACAUGAUCUACAUUGACUCGGCCUAUCCAGCAUCAGACAGUAUCAUAGAAACAGAGCAGCGGACCAAUCAGAUGAACAACCUUCUGAGGGUCAUCUCUGACCUGCAGAUGUCAUGUAACUAUGAUUAUUUGGUGACCCUGCCACAUGUCCAGAAGUAUCUGUUGUCAGUUCGCUACAUAGAGGAACUCCAGAAGUUUGUCGAGGAUGACAAUUUCAAGCUGUCUCUGAAGAUUGAACCUGGCAACAGUUCCCCUCGCAUUGCUUCCUCUAAAGAAGACCUGGCAGGUCUAUCUGAGAUAUCUUCAUCUCUGAGGUAUAACCGGCGGCCGACCUGCCCUGAUACCUCUGUGGGGGCUCACAUCCCCACCCCACCGCCCUCUCACCACAGGAAGAGCCAUAGUCUGGGAAACAAUAUGAUGUGUCAGUAUGGCAUGUCAGAGAGCAGGAGUGCCACAUUUCCCAUAGAGAAAGCCCGACACCUGCUGGAUGACAGCUUCUUAGAGUCCCAGAGUCCAGUCAGAUACGACCCACACAGUACAUCUGUGUCCAAUGGCCUCUCAUUAGGCAGCAGUGAAAGCUCUUUUGGGGAGGAGCUGUCAACUGGGAUGGAAAGGGGCCGCAUGUACGCAACACUGGGCCCAAACUGGAGGGUCCCGCUUCGCAACUCCCCCAGGAGCCGCAGCUAUGUUUACAGCUCCUCUGCUGCCAACUCCUGCUAUGGGUGCAGUGAGGCCGGCAGUGUGACUAUUGAAGGACCUCUGAGAAGGAAAACGCUGCUGAAGGAAGGACGCAAGCCCAAGUUGUCAUCAUGGACCAGAUUUUGGAUCACUCUGUCUGGAUCAACACUGACUUUCUAUGGAGCCAAAGCACUGAGGGCUUCUGAAAGGAAACAUUAUAAAUCUAGCCACUGUAAGAAAGUGUGUGUGACUGGAUGGAUGGUGGUGCUGCCAGAUGACCCAACCAGACCCAACAUUUUCCAGCUCAAUGACCCAGACAAAGGUAAUGUUUACAAGUUCCAGACAGGAUCAAGGUUUUCAGCGAUCAUCUGGCACAAAAAUCUGGAAGAGGCUUGUAGGAGCAGUAGACCUCAGAUACCAGCAAACCUCAUGUCAUUUGAAUGAGAGCAGAACUUACCCAGCAGGACAUUAUUGUGCCAAGCCCAUUUGUUUUGGAAGUACGGACUAAAUACUGGAACACAGUGGGAUUUGAUCGUAUCUACUGAAAUAGGAACGUCAAGAAGCAUCUGCCACUGUCGAAGAAGCUCUUUACUACUGGAUGUGUGACUGCAUAUGCCAACACGCCUGCUUUCUUCUUCACCAACACUAAAUUUAAUGUCAACUCGGGAAAAAUUCAGUCAAUGGAAGACUUUGGUGAGGUUGACCCUUAUUACUUUCUCUAAGCUUCCAUGUUCACUGUCAUAUGUUAUGCUGCUAAAAAACAAGAGCAAGCACUUUUUUGUUUGUUUGUUUUUGUUUGUUUUUGUUGUUUUUUUGGCCCAUGUUGGGUUCAUGUUUGGGUGAAAUGAUUAGAGUACAAAUGUGGAAGACAGUGUUAACUGACUGAUGUUGAUCUUUGGUUGGCAUACCAGUGUUAUUCAGCCUUCAAAUGGAGCUCUGGGUUUUAACACAGAAAGUUGAAAAAGACUUCUCUGUUGUUGAAGCAGUUAAAUUUGUAAAACUGCAACACAUCGUACUGGAUAAAAAAAUAAGCAACAAGAUUAACUUACAUCCCAACUUGUCAUGAGCAAGAAAAACUUGACCCUGUUUGAAGGACAGCAGAUGAGUCUCCAUCACCUUCAGCCCUGUGACAUGCAGCUGGACUGAAUUUGUUCCAUAAUAAGAGAAUGCAUAUUUGUACAAAAACCAUAUGGAAUCAUUAGUUGGCUUUAAGAGCCUGACUUGUUUGUCAAAUGAAGAGGUAUUCCUGAUCAGUUCACUUGUUCAACCCUCACUACCUCAGUUGGUAGUCCUCCUUUAAAUGUGUUUGCUAGUGUACAUAACAAGGGUAAUAAAUAGCAUCAGUUCAUGUUUUCUACAGAACAAAUCAAAAUGUAUCAAACGCCAUGGAAAUGGUAAUGAACUAGGUGAUAAUUACAGUCAUUAUGAAGUAAUGAAGAAGACAGACACCAGCAUGCAGAUAUAGCUGCUGGAAAGAAUUUAAAGGUAUUUAAAACAAUCAACAACCAUGUGUGUGUGUGUGUAUGUAUAUACUGUAUUUAUUUGUAAAAGAGUUUAUUUUUUGACAGUUGGUCAUCAUAGGGAAAUGGUACGAUCAUCUUUGGUUCACCACCUGCCCCAGGAAGCUGCUCCUCACAGAGACUGCUCUCCUGAUCUCCAACUGAAGGGCACUGUAAUAAGGGAAGACUCCAUCAGCAUUGGCACUGUUAAUUAACCUGCUUCAAACUGAUUUUUUAUUUUAUCAUAACAUUGUUCAGCGUUACACUACUUUUGCUUUACUUCCACCAAAAUAACAGAAAGCAGAAUUACAGGCUAAUUACAGGGAUAGGCUAAAGUUGUUUCAAAACAGGUAAGAUAUCAAAGUACAGAAGAUCAUUAAAUAUCCAUAGGGCUCGUCUGACAAAAAGCACUUUCAUAGAACAGUAUCUUUACAACAUAUCACCACUCUAACUGCCGUUGUGUGACAGACCAGUAACACUGUUUUUGUUUUUUAUCUAUUUGGGCUACUAUCUUUUGUUUGAAAUUGUUUUUUUCACCAUGAGCAACACAGCUGGUCUCACUCCAACUCAUCAGAUACCUGCUUUGUCUUUCCCUCGGUUUGCGAUACUGACGGACAAGGCACCCUUAAGCAUGUGUAUGAGACACACCAGGCUUCCCAGUAUGAAUAUCAACCAAUUAGUGGUAAUAUGAAAUGCUGAGUGACGACAUAACACAAAGAGCUUGAUUGGUCCAUUCCAGGUGGUUGGGAGGAGUGGUGUAUGGGUCAGACAAACCCCGGAGCAAGGAGUUUAGCAUCAUGUCCUGUAUGAAACCAAGAGUCAGUGUAAAUGUGUCAAGUGUUUUUAUUGCAUAAGUUUCUUAGCUUCUUCAGUCAAGAUCCUCUUCGGUCUCGUCACCUUUGCCAUAUCUGUAGAGGCUGCUGAAUCCAGUUCAGUGGCUCAGCACCACCCGACCCCUGACUGAGCUAGCUGGCUACAGAUAGCAGCAGUUUGCGGUUAGCCUUACGUUUCGCAACAAGUAAAACAAUAGCCAUAUUUCUACUGUUAUUGUAACAGUAGAAAUAUGGCUAUCAUUUUCUUCUAACCACUAUGGAAUAACACACCAUGAAAUGGCCACAUACAACACUCGUCAGUCAUUGUGAAUGACUGAGCCUGUUUGCUUUUUGUUUGUUUUUUAGUAAAUAGUAUUGUACUGUCUUUUUGUUGCAGUUUAGCUUUUUUCUCACAUUUUUGGUGAGUGGAAAAACUACUGGCCCGAUUUUCAUGAAACUUGGUGGAAGAAUGUUGCAUGAGCCAAGAAGAAGCCAUUAAACUGAGUUGUGGAUCUGAAUCAUAAGGUUUUUACUUCUGUUAACAUUACGUACAAGGCCACGUCUCUCUCUAAUGCCAUCAUGUUUCAUCUGCUCCAGCCCCACUGUGCUGUGAUUGGCUAGUACUCGAUUAAUGGUUACCUCAAUGCAUCCUUGUUACCUGUUGUUAUGCAGAAUUAUGAGUGACAACUAGUGAAUUACGAAAGCUGGAUGCAUGUGUACUAGCUACCUGGGCUGCUGCUGAGUAAAACCUAACAACUUAAUACUUUAUCAAUACACUCUUGUGUAGGAAAGGACAUUACUAUCGCUAAAUAUCAAUCACAGUAUUUUUCUCCUUUCUUUGGACUUGGAAUUAAGCUAGCAGCACAUUACCUUAUGCUACGUAUACAUCAGAAAACUUUGAAAAGAUUUGGAAAAGACUCCUGGAAAACUAUCAGCUCACACCUAAAAACAAGGGUUUGGAGUUUCUAGUCUCAGACUGAGAUUUUAGACAGACUGUGAAUCUUGCAGGGUCACUAUUUAUAAGACUACAACUAGAUUCUUUUAGCAUUUUUUUCCUACCAUGUUCCAAGUAAAAACUUACAAAAUGGAGGAGAAGCAGCUUUUGGCUCCAGCUGCUCUAGUGUGUGCAGUGGUU